AACUGAUGUUACUACAGAGACAUUCACUAAAACUGAUGGUGAUGUAACAACUGAUGUUACUUCAGAGACAGACAGUACAACUGAUGGUGAGGUCUCAACUGAUGUUAUUUCAAAGACAGUCACGACAACUGAUGGUGAGUUCACAACUGAUGUUACUACAGAGACAGACAGUACAUCUGAUGGUGAGGUCUCAACUGAUGUUACUUCAGAGACAGACAGUACGACUGAUGGUGAGGUCUCAACUGAUGUUACACCAGAGACAGUCACUACAACUGAUGCUGAAGUCACAACUGAUGUUACAUCAGAGACAG